AUGCCCCGACUGUCCGACUACGUCGCCAAGCAACAGCUGCAGCAGCAGGCAGCCCCAGUGCACCGUCAUAGCUCAAGCAAGGAAACUGGCCUGGAUGCCGCAGCCGCGGCCCCAAAAGUUGCUCCCACCAUUGCUGCGACACCGUCUCCAAAACCCGUCGCUGCUGCUGCUGCAACAGCUGCAUCUGCGCCAGCAGCCCCUGCUGCAGCUCCGUCUUCAGGCGCCGGGCCCUCAGCAUCCGCAGCCGCUGCACCGUGGCAGCCGCUGUACGAGCGUUACGUGGAGCAGUACAGACGCAGGCAUGUUGCCGUGGACGACUGGUGCUCCCUAGUUAAUACCGGGGGUGGGGAUGUGAUGGGUUGGGAAGCGUGCGCGUACAUGCACCCGAGGGUCCGUGACCGGGGUCCCCGAACCUACCGCCACCCCGACGGCUCCCUGCGGCCCGACCCGCCGGUGGCCGACAUGUACUCUCAGGCCAACCGCGCGCACUGGGCAGAGCUUGUGGGCUACUGCCGUACACACGGAGGCGACCGGGAUUAUGAUACGCAGGGUAGGAGCUGCAGGGGUUGCCGUUGCGAACAUCCCCUCCACCUCCUCUCUGAGUUCUCCCUCCCGGGGUGGGUUCUCCCUUUUUUUGGUCACGGCGUGUGGGCUCAAGGUGAAAAGCUCGCAAGCUUUUCCCUCAGGUACGGCAUUGGCGUACCGCCGGAAGCACAUCAGAAGCUGCUUGAGGCGCUGGACCUCCUGGAGGAGUUGACGCCGCCGCCCGCAGAGCUGCUGCAAAACGAGAGGCGAGGCGACCCGCUGGCCGACCCGGAGCACCCCUUUAACCGCGAGUGGCAGCAGCUGGCCGAGCAAGUGUUCGCCGCAGCAUCGGCCAGGGGCCAGAUGAAGCCUCACUUGGGAGGGGUUGGUUGGCAGGAGAUGUGUGAAGGUGCAAUCAAAAAGGGCAUCUUUGGGCGUCUCUUCGGGUUCAAGAAGAAGAAGAAGACCAAAGGGCUCCCUCCCAAUAUUGAUAAAACCCAAAGUUGGGACACACCAAAGUUGCAUGGAGCUAUACCCUAA